AUGGAACCACAUUUUCUCAACCUUCCCCCCGAGAUACGCAACCUCAUCUACGAAUACGCUCUCGCCCAGAAUCAUGGCCUCUGUUACAAGUGGUCUAAUUGUGCUUAUCGAUUGCGUAUAAGGAAUGAAGAAUUUGAGAAGAUUGAGGAAGAAGAGAACGACGAUGAGGAUGAGAUGGGACACUGUUGGGAGGAAGACGAUGAGAUGGACGUCGAUGAGAGGGAAUAUUUUGAGUGGAAAUAUUUUGAGUCGAUAGCUGAUGAGAACUCAUCAUUAACCAAAAAAGACUCGAUAAACCAGUCCAGGUUUCAAUCUGAUGGAUAUGGACAAGACAAAAACGGUUAUACUCUUGCUCACUCAAAACUUGACAUGGAAGCUCUGACCGAUGGCGGUGAUUACGAGGUCAAAGAGAAAAUGACAGUGCCUCAGAUAUUGCUCGUUAAUCAGCUACAACUUGUCUGCCGUCGGCUUUACUCCGAGACAAAGGGGCUUGAGCUGCGAUACAAUACUGUUUUCUUUGCCGGCGACAAAUACAAUAUAGAGCCGUUCUAUCAACGAUACGCCCGAUUCUUGCGCCGUCCCCUAGCUUACUAA